CCACCCCCGCGCUCCCCUCCGCCCCGCGGGGACAGUGCCACGCCGGCGGCCUCUGGGAGCGACAUGGGCCGCGGGCUGACGCUGCUUCUCCUGCCGCUGGCCCUGCUGGCGGCCCCGGCGCAGGCCGAGGACGGCGCGGCGGCGGAGGAGGUUAAAAUCGAGGUGGUGCAGCUCCCCGAGGUGUGCAGCCCUAAGAGCAAGAAGGGGGAUCUGCUGAACGCGCACUACGAUGGGUUCCUGGCCAGCGACGGAUCCAAGUUUUACUGCAGUCGGACACAAAAUGAAGGUCAUCCAAAGUGGUUCGUUCUGGGUGUUGGACAAGUCAUAAAAGGGUUAGAUAUUGCUAUGAUGAACAUGUGUCCUGGAGAAAAACGGAAAGUGAUCAUUCCGCCAUCAUUAGCUUAUGGACAGCAAGGAUACGCACAGGGCAAGAUUCCACCCAAUGCAACACUGAUCUUUGAGAUUGAACUUUAUGCAGUAAAUAAGGGACCUCGCAGUGUUGAAGCAUUUCAUCAAAUAGACAAGGACAGUGACAAGAAACUCUCUCAACUUGAGAUAAGCCAGUAUUUGAAAGAAGAAUUCGCAAGAGAUGGCAAAAAACGUCAUCCCUCAGCGCAUGAUGAAAUCUUAGCUGAUAUAUUUAAGAAGAAUGACCAUGAUGGAGAUGGUUUCAUAUCAGCAAAGGAGUACAAUGUCUACCAGCAUGAUGAACUCUAAGUACUUAAAAAAAUCUUUUCAUGUUUUCUGGACACUGAAUUUUAAACAUUUCCAAAAUAAUACUUUGUCACAGAAAUUUUUGUAUUUUUUUUAUAGUGGCAUCAUUUUAUAUCUCUUAAGGUGACUGUAAAAAUCUUAUUUUUAAACAUUGAACUAAAAAAUGUGUUUGAUAUUUGAAAAGAAAGAAAUAAAAUUGGAAAACACCAUGA